AUGAUGUUGGAGUGUUGCGGACCUAAACACAGGGGAGAUGUGGUUAUGUUGGGAAGCAUUGGAUGGGUGUUAGGUUACGCCACUAUACCUGGUCUGGCGUAUUGGCUACAGGACUACCGAUACAUGUCAUACGCGUCCCUCAUAGCGAUUGGUUUAAUGGCAUUUUGGUAUUACUUUAUGUUUGAGUCUCCGCGUUGGCUCAUCACCAAUGGUCACAUCGAUAAAGCCGAGGCUGUGCUCCGGAGGGCACUGCAAAUGAAUGGCAAACCUGAUGACCAAUUGAAGACACAGUUGACUCAGUUGUCCGCAUAUUUACAACAGAGUCAAUUAAAUGAGAAAUCCAAACGAAACCAUACGGUCAUAGAUUUGGUCAAAACGCCAAAACUUCGCAAAAUAUCGCUCAUUAUGUGGUAUUGUUAUCCAAUACAUGCGUUAGUAUACUAUGGACUGAGUUAUAACAUAUCGGACUUUGGUGGCAAUUUUUACGUAACAUUCCUGUUGUCAGGAUUGGUAGGAUUGCCAUCACACUUAAUACCGGUGCCAUUACUUCGUUAUGUCGGUCGCAAAAAACUUUUCGCCGGUUUUAUGCUAUUGACGGGACUCUCGUGUUUUGCGGUCAUCCCAUCCGACAGGGAAUGGCUGACAGUUAUGUUUGCACUGAUUGGCAAAUUUGGUGACAAUACCUCCUGGAAUGUAAUGUCUAUUAUUGCACCCGAACUCUACCCCACAGUCUUGAGGCAGACGGGAAUGGGUGUGUCCUCUGUUAUCGGAAGGUUGGGUGCGAUUAGCGGCCCAUUUAUGAAGGAUUUGGCAUCUAAUUAUGGUUUAUCACUGGUUAUGUCAUUAUACGGUAUACUUAUGUGUUUGGGUUCACUGUUGGCUCUCUUUCUGCCCGAAACCAAAGACCGGGAAAUUCCCGACACUAUAGCAGAAGCGGAGAAUAAGGCGUUUCAUACAAAACAAAAUUUUAGAAACAAUAAUCAAGUAUACCUACAUAUUAAAGCCAAAGUGGCUGAAAUAGAGAACGCGUCGGCGGCUAACAGGGAAUUGAUCGUCAAAGCCAAUCAAUUGUUGGAAUUCCAUCAUAUAGCUCAUGAGGAUCUGUUUGCGGCGGCUGUAGCCUACGGAGUGGACACCAAUGUCGCGGAUGUUAGCGGAACGUCAGAGAGCGGUACGUCAAAAGAUCCAUCAGACGCUGUUGUGCUCAUCAAGACUAACGAAGCCGAUGAUCAUCUCCCUGAGCUCGAUCGUGUGGGCGCUUUGGGUAAGGUCAGAAGCCGAAAUGCUUUGCAAAUAGGUUUGGAAAAAUACAGAGGAGUCGUUCCCGAUAUUAUAUCUGGAGAUUUUGCGAGUCGAAGCGACGACACAGAAGACAUCGCGAGUGACGACAAAGUAAAGACACGCGCGAAACGGAUGGACAGAAAGCAAAGCAAAGACAAGCUUAGGGUAGAUAGACGGGUUGAGUCCUGUGUUGCCGUGAAGUCAACCAGCGGUCAGGUUUUCGGCCAACAGUCGUACCGUACGGUUAAACUCUAA